AUGUCGUCUCACGGAGAGAUUGUGACCAUUGACAUCCGAACUUUCAAUGACCCAUCUGGAGACCUCGCGGCAUUCCUGCGUCGAUCGCCUGAACACUGGCUGGCCGUGAGCUCCAUGUUCCCUAGCUCUCCAAAGCCUGAGUUGGCCUGCUUCCCGGGAAUUAUUCCCAACCAGGCCGUCAUGGUGGAGGAUCUGCGGGAACUCUACGAGAACUCGUUGAGCGAGCUCCCCGAUGGAGCGGUUAUAAAAAUCAAGAGUACUAUGGGAACGCGUCGAAGCCACGAGGGAUAA